UGGUCAGCACUCUAUCAUCCGAUGUUUCUGAGCAACAGCAGCCCAAAUAACAUUAAACUCAAAUACAAAUAAUAUUCAUAAAGAAAAAAAAAAACACAUUAAAAACAAAACAGCUGUUUUGGAAUUGUUGUUGCUGUUAAAGAGCCAAGAUCUUUGAAGAGUAGACCAAUUCUCAAUUUACUUUUACAACACAAACACUUUUUGGUUUGGUUUUGAUUUUGGGUUUUUCUUCCAUCAAAAGUAUUUACCAUUUCUUUCUUCUUCUUCUUCCAUCAAGAUCUAUCACUUCUUAUUCUUUUUCAGAAAAAAAGAAAAAAAGAAAAACAACAUAACACAGGUGUAAUUGAUGAGUCAUCAUUUUGAUGAGGAAAAGGCCCUGAAUAUUUCUUAGGAAUUAUAACUGUUUCAUGGGCAACACAUGCCGCGGAUCUUUCAAAGGGAAACUUUAUCAGGGCUACAGUCAGCCCGAGGAUCAAUCUACUGCCUCCCAUACCAAUCGCAAUCCUUCCUCUAACAAUUCCAAUACUGAACAUUCUCCUACUAGUGUCACUGCGCAAGAAUUCGCCAAGGAUAAUCCCAAAAAGGAUAACAAUUUCCCUCUCAUUAGCCCCAACAGGAAAGAUUUGAUAAUGAGGCGCGGUGCUGAUAACCAGUCUUAUUAUGUUUUGGGUCAUAAAACUGCAAACAUUCGUGAUCUUUACACUUUAGGUCGUAAAUUAGGACAAGGACAAUUUGGCACUACUUAUUUAUGUGUUGAGAAUUCUACGGGGACCGAAUAUGCAUGCAAGUCUAUAUCAAAGAGAAAGUUGAUUUCUAAAGAGGAUGUAGAGGAUGUUCGGAGAGAGAUACAGAUAAUGCACCAUUUGGCAGGUCACAAGAAUAUUGUAACCAUUAAGGGUGCUUAUGAGGAUCAAUUGUAUGUUCAUAUAGUUAUGGAGCUUUGCUCUGGUGGAGAGUUGUUUGAUAGAAUCAUCCAAAGGGGGCAUUAUAGUGAGAGGAAAGCAGCUGAGUUGACAAAGAUCAUUGUAGGGGUUGUUGAGGCAUGUCAUUCACUUGGGGUUAUGCAUAGGGAUCUAAAACCUGAAAACUUCUUGUUGGUGAACAAGGAUGAUGACUUCUCACUCAAAGCCAUUGAUUUUGGACUUUCUGUGUUCUUCAAACCAGGUCAAAUUUUCACUGAUGUGGUUGGAAGCCCAUAUUAUGUUGCUCCUGAAGUACUUCUCAAGCAUUAUGGGCCAGAGGCAGAUGUGUGGACAGCUGGGGUCAUUUUGUAUAUAUUGCUAAGUGGGGUGCCACCAUUUUGGGCAGAAACACAGCAAGGAAUAUUUGAUGCAGUGCUGAAGGGAUAUAUUGAUUUUGAAUCAGACCCUUGGCCCCUAAUAUCCGACAGUGCCAAAGAUCUUAUCCACAAGAUGCUCUGUGGUCGACCUUCAGACCGGUUGACUGCUCAUGAAGUGCUAUGCCAUCCUUGGAUUUGUGAAAAUGGAGUUGCUCCUGAUAGGGCACUGGAUCCAGCUGUACUUUCUCGUCUCAAACAAUUCUCCGCAAUGAAUAAAUUGAAGAAGAUGGCUUUACGGGUCAUAGCUGAAAGCCUUUCUGAGGAGGAGAUUGCUGGUUUGCGAGAAAUGUUCCAGACGAUGGAUACUGAUAAUAGCGGUGCAAUCACAUUUGAUGAGCUAAAAGCUGGCCUGCGAAGAUAUGGUUCUACAAUGAAGGAUACAGAAAUACGUGAUCUUAUGGAUGCUGCUGACGUCGAUAACAGUGGGACAAUUGACUAUGGGGAAUUUAUAGCUGCAACAGUUCAUCUUAACAAACUAGAAAGAGAGGAACAUCUUGUUGCAGCGUUCCAAUAUUUUGAUAAGGACGGAAGCGGUUAUAUCACAGUUGAUGAGCUACAACAAGCUUGUGCAGAACACAACAUGACUGAUGUUUUACUUGAAGAUAUUAUCAGAGAAGUUGAUCAAGAUAAUGAUGGAAGGAUCGAUUACAGUGAAUUUGUUGCCAUGAUGCAAAAAGGCAAUGCAGGAAUUGGUAGACGAACUAUGCGGAACAGUCUGAAUAUGAGCAUGAGAGAUGCACCAGGUGCUCAAUAAAUUGCAAUUCCACAUAAUGUACAGGUUAUACAGCAAAGCUGGAAGGGAAGGGUGAUUUGCAGAAAGCCUUGACAAGUGAUUUUUGCUGUUUCCUUCAUAGUUCCAGGCACAAGAUUUGGGUAUUGGAUGUCAUGUGCUGAAAGCAUUUAUUCAGAUAUGCAUUUUGAAUUGCUGUAUAACUGAGGAGGAAUCAUUCUUAAGCUUUAUAAACUUUUCAAGUGUGAGGUGUUGAA